AAUUUGGUGAUGCAGCCACUUCUCUAGCAGCAAACCCAGAUGUCACCACAAUAAGCAUUGAAGAUCCUGGUGAAACCCCAAAGCAUCAUCCAGGACCCCCCAGAAGCCCAGGGAGAGAAGAGGAUGAUGAGUUACUGGGAAAUGAUGAUUCUGACAAAACUGAGUUACUCGCUGGACAGAAGAAAAGCUCCCCCUUCUGGACAUUUGAAUAUUAUCAAACGUUCUUUGAUGUGGACACUUACCAGGUCUUUGACAGAAUAAAAGGGUCUCUUUUGCCAAUACCCGGAAAAAACUUUGUGAGGCUAUAUAUCCGCAGCAAUCCAGAUCUCUAUGGUAUGUGUGGUGCUGUUUUCAUUCCUUACCGUAUUCCUGUUGAACUUGGGUAGGUGUGCGAGUCACCUGGAAAGUUGAGAAUUGCACUGUUAGUUGCAAUUCUGCACAGUUUCAUUCGACUCUUCUGAGCUGCAGUCAUGACCCUUGCAAAGAAAUUUGGGGAAAAUGCAAUUAUGUAUUAUAUGAGUGUUAAUGCCAUGAUUACAAGUAUAGUAUUUCCUACAAAAGUCUUUAAAUGACAUUAGAAACUUGAGACAA